AUAAGUAGCCGGGCACGUUUCCUCCCACCAGCUCUUCUCUGAAUACCUGCAUUAUUGUACACUAACUACGUUUUACUUAAAACAUUCAGCGGGGUUUUAAAAGCAUACGUAAGUUAGUCAUGGCUGCCCCAUUGAAAGUUUGUAUCGUUGGUUCAGGAAAUUGGGGCUCUGCAAUUGCAAGAAUUAUUGGCACAAAUGCACAGAAACUGCAGCACUUUGCCACUACAGUUAAGAUGUGGGUGUUUGAAGAAACGGUCAAUGGCAAAAAGCUGUCUGAGAUCAUCAACACAGAGCAUGAGAACGUCAAGUAUCUUCCAGGUUACAAACUUCCAGAGAAUGUGGUUGCGGUGCCGCAGUUACGGGACGCUGCGGACGGUGCCGACUUACUGGUAUUCGUAGUACCUCACCAGUUCAUCAGAAAGCUGUGCGACGAGAUGGUUGGCUGCGUCUCAGAGAAAGCUAGAGGGAUUACAUUAAUCAAAGGUAUUGAUGAAGGACCUGAAGGAUUAAGGCUCAUCUCUGACAUCAUCAGGGAAAAAAUGGGCUUCGAUGUAAGUGUCUUAAUGGGAGCAAAUAUUGCCAAUGAAGUGGCGGCUGAGAAGUUCUGUGAGAGCACCAUCGGCAGCAAGGUCUUGGAGAAUGGUCUCCUAUUCAAAGAGCUUCUACAAACACCUAACUUCAGAAUCACUGUGGUGGAUGACGCUGACACAGUGGAGCUCUGUGGAGCCCUCAAGAACAUUGUAGCCGUGGGUGCAGGGUUCUGUGAUGGCCUGCAGUGCGGAGACAACACCAAAGCAGCCGUCAUUCGACUGGGACUGAUGGAGAUGAUCGCCUUCGCCAAACUUUUCAGCAAGGAUGGCUCUGUAUCAUCAGCCACGUUCCUAGAGAGUUGCGGCGUUGCUGACCUCAUCACCACUUGCUACGGAGGGCGUAACCGUCGCGUGGCAGAGGCCUUCGCCCGAACGGGGAAGAGCAUCGAGGAAUUGGAGAAGGAGAUGUUAAAUGGACAAAAGCUUCAGGGACCAUUGACUUCUGCCGAGGUCUAUCACAUCCUGAAACAGAAGAAUCUAGCAGACAAGUUCCCCCUGUUCGUGGCUGUGUACCAGAUCUGUUUUGAGGGAAAGGCGGUUCAGGAAAUGAUCACCUGCUUGCAGAGCCAUCCAGAGCACCUGUGAGGGUCUGCAUGGACUAAAAUCUCAAGAUAGCACCGUCUCCGUCCUCUCUCCUCUGGGUGGUCCUACCUCUAACACUUCAUAUUUUCUUUGGUUUUUACUUUUAUUCACACUAAUACAAUGUCAUAUUUUGUUACAUUUCUCUCUUGUCGCUUAGAUCUGGAGUUCUGGCCACAUACACUAAUGGUAUCGUGUUUAACUCAGGGGUUUGCUUUUGACCUACAAUGAUUUCUUGUUAUACGUGACUAAAUGUAACUGUAACAGAUUACUCAAAGAAUUAAGGGAUUUUUUGUCAGUUAAUGCAAAGCUGUGUGUAUUGAGCUGAUAUUUUUAACUACAGUAUAUUCUCACUGUCUCACUGCCCUCUUGUGGAUGUCCACACUAUCACCUUACUGACAGAUGGGUUUAAGGUCUUAAUAAAAUUACAAGAGAAUUGCUCUUAGAUCAUAACUAUAUGGUCUGACACAUCUAGCACUAGUGUUAUAAUCAUGUGUCUGUAGUGUAUUACAGCUUUGUUGCAUUGCUUGAUCAUUGCAGCAUAUAGAUGCUGUAACCGAGAAUCCCUUGGUGCUUUGAGAACCAGCAUUAAUACCACCCUUUGUAUUUGUCUUGUGUCACAUGUGGAAGCAUCUGGAGUUGUUUUAAAUGAAGUAAAGACUUUUAUGGACAUGUUAGAUUAGAGUAAAGCCAGAUUAUUAUUUUCUAUGUAAAUUAGCCUUUUACUUUUCUGUAGCAUUUUUUAUGAAGGUCAAAGAACUUAAAUCAGCUCCAUAUAGUAAGCUUCUUGUUUGGCUGGUUUGUACAUGACACGAUUUUCUGUAAAAGCGAUCCAAUUCUUGCAUUUCACUUUGUAGUAACAUCCUUUUAAAGUGCUUUGAUAAGACACAUGGGGACCAUGACAGUGGCGCUACUUUUUAAAGAAGUUACAUUUAAAAUAUUAUAUUGUUACAUAUCUAUGCUUGAAAAUUUCACCGGAAUCCAGGUAAUAUUUAAAGGGCACAUAUCAUGAAAAUCUUUUUUUAUGUUAAGGUGCUAUAAUUGGGUCCCCAUUGCUUCUAUCAGCCUAGAAAAUGUGAAGAAAAAAACACAGUUACUUAAGUUUUGGUAAUCCAUUCUCUGCAAGCAUGUGAAAAAAUAACUAAUUGACAUUUGGCUCCCCUUGUGAUGUCAGAAGGGGAUAAUACUGCCCCUUAAUCUGCACUAUCCAACCACAGCACUGCCAUUUAAUGCAGAGAUAAACUCAUUUGCAUUUUUAAGGACACACCCACCAUUUUUGCUCACACCUACAAAGUGGCAAUUUUAACAUACUGUAGUAAAUUAUCUAUAUGGUAUUUCGAGCUAAAACUAUACAUAAAUAUUCUGGGGACACUAAAGAAUUUUUUGGCAUCUUAAAAAAGUAUUGUGAAAUGUCCCCUUUAAGUCUAAUUUAACCACUUAACAUUGAGUCAUUGUUAUUGUGCAAGUACCUUGUUCAUAGCUCUAUGAAGAAUAUGUUUAAAUCUUAUAUGCGACUAUGGAUCACAAAACCAGCCAUAAUGGUCAUUUUUUUAUUUACAUUUAUAUGUCAUCUGAAAGUUAAAAAAUAAGAUUUUCAUUGAUGUAUGGUUUGUUAGGAUAAAAAAUAUUUGGCUGAGAUACAAUUAUUUGAAAAUCUGGAAUCUGCAAAAAUUGAGAGAAUCGCCUUCAAAGUUGUCCAAAUGAAACCCUUAGCAACUGCAUCCACUCACAAAAAUAAAGUUCUGAUAUGUUUACAGUAGAAAAUUUACUAAAUAUCUUCAUGAAACAUGAUCUUUACUUAAUUUCCUAAUGAUUUUUGGCACAAAUAUCAAUCAUUUUGACCCACACAAUGUAUUGAUGGCUAUUGCUACAAAUAUACUUGUGCAACUUAAGAUUGGUUUUGUGGUACAGGGUCACAUAUAUGUAGUUUUAUCAUUAAAAGGAGUAUAAUCUGUAGAUGUUUUUUUUCCAAAUUGAGCAUUUGGUGAAACAGCUUUUAUUUGGAUCCACAAUGGCCUUCUCUAUUAGUUUCAGUAUUCUGAUGUGCUUCUUAAUCUGUUAAAUCACAAAGGAUUAGCUCUUACCAUGUAUUCUUCAGUGUGCAUCAUGUUUUGUUUUGUUUUCAUAAUGUAAGUGCUCUGUUUGUGAUAAUCUAGUGACAGCAUACACAAUCCAACACUCCAAUGGAUCAAGACAUUUUCAGAUGCACUGAUGUAUGAAUUCUUCCUGUAUUCUUCUGAAUGUGCUGACACUGUGGCAUGUUGUAUGAUCUAACAUUUGUCAUUAAGGCUGACAUUAAACAAAUGCUGCUUUUGUAAACAUUAAAAUAAUUUCAGUGUAAAACAUUAGGCUGCAUGAACUUUCCAUGUUUAUG